CACAUCUCAUCGUUAAAUGUUAGGAGAUGAAUGCCGGUUUCCUCCAAUAGAAGAUGAUGUGUUGCCUGCCUCACUAACUAUACCCCUUGUUAACUGAUAUACGAUCGCAAUUUUCUUCUUGUAGACCUGAUAUUUUGGUUCCAAUUGGCGAAGAAUCCAUCGAUGGAGUAAUGACAUCUGUCAGCGAAGUGCGAUAUUUAAUGGUGUGCAUUAUGUCUUGAAAAAUACCCUUAGAGAGGUCGAAGCUUUGUUUCUCGGCAUCAAAGGCCUUACCACGAUGCUGACUGGAUGAGAAAUCUUGAGUUAUUGAAAGCUAACCGCUUUCCCAUGUACGUGGAUAAUGAGAGCGACGAGGGAUGUUCCAAGCAGCAAAACAUGAUGCAGUCUAAAGUAUCAACAGCAGAAAGGCUCAGCACUCCGAACAUGCAAGUUCCAAGAGUAGCUGAGGAACUGAAGGUGCCAUUGAUUCGGAGUUUGCUCACCAAAGCACUUAAAGCUCAGCAUGUCGAACGGUUCAAGCUUGCAGGAACCAUUUUUCGGGAGGUGUUACAGGUGUUACCAAAGCAAAGAAUUUGUCUUCGCGCUUUAGGGGCCAUGGCUUUGGAAAUCAAUCAUUAUCCAGAAGCUGUCAAUUGGUUACAGGAAGGAGUUCGAGAAUAUCCAAAUGACGCACUAUUCCACACACGACUGGGUGAUGCUUAUUCUGGUCUUGGCAAGUAUGAGGAGGCACUCGAGAAAUAUGAUCGUGCACUUGGCCUAGUAGUGGACAACCAGUCCCUAAUUGCCAUCAGCGACUUGGACAAAAUGACCUUAGCAGAUGAGACGAUUUCGAAUGUAGAAAAGAAUCACACUGAUGUGAAGUCAACUUUCAAGAGGGAUCAAAUUAAAGAACCAGACAUCGAUGAUUUAAAUGCUGGAGAUCUACAGGGUGCCGUAACCUUGGACGGACUCAAGAUUGCUUGUGCAAAAGUUCUCAGCAAGAUGGGUAAUGGAAGUCUCGCCAACGCUAUUCUCAUGGAAGUAUUGAAGGACAGCCCUGGCAAUAUAGAUGCUCUUUACGAGUAUGGUGGUCUCUUGCUUAGUCAUGGCCUUAUCAAAGAUGCAGUAUCCGUCUUUCUCAAGCUUAUGAUAGCCAGACCCGGUAGUAAGAAAAUUCGGAGGAGCCUUUCAAAAGCUUUGAAGCGCCAGCAAGGUUUGGAAUCACUGAAGAACGAACUUGCUCCUGAGGCUAUGGCAGCUCCUGCCCUUGCGUUUAUUGCUUCUUGCGUCAAAGAGUACGGAGCAAUCAGUGAGGCAGUAGAACUGUACGAAAUGGCAAGCACAAUGUCACCCUCAACUCCUGGCUAUUUUCUCAGUCUGAUUCAUUUGUAUGAGGUGACGUAUGAAUAUCACAAAGGUCUUGAGAAGGCAGUCACUUCCUUCCGCAAUGCAAAAUCUUCUAUCAGAAAUCUGUCGUACAGAAGUGCCAUUCAAUGCAUUGAUAACAACAAAGGGAUCAGUCAAGACCAAGAAUCAAAUCCCUCAGAAUCUCAUGUAGGAGUAGAAUAUCCAAGAUGGUGUAUUUUGCCAUCUAGGGACGUUGAGGCAGAACAAGAGAGACAUGUUUUGGUAAAUAAUAAUCAAGAGAACGAUGGCAGUGAUAGAGGAACCUCGUCUCGAGCAGCAUCCGCCAAACCUCUACAUCAAACCCUCGUACGCAACGAAGCUGCCUACUUCACUUGUUUGCAUCAGAUUCUUGAGGAUUAUCCAAUACCUCUACCACUCGGACCGAUUGAAAAGUCCAAUGCUCUCUUUUUGGCUGGGGAUAGUCACUGCCUUUCAGCGGCAUGGAGAAGGGUUUGUCCAAGGGGUAAAGAUUGUGUACUUAUACCUAAGUUAGUCACAGGUUUGAAAAUCUGGCACCUGAGACCUGAAAGUGAUUUUUAUCCGAAAAUUGCUUUCGAAAAUACCAUGAAAAGCAUUCCAGAUGUGUCCAAAGUGGUCAUGCUAUACGGAGAAAUUGACUGUCGAGAUGGGAUAAUAGGAGCAGUUGAGAAGGGCAAAUAUCAGGAUAUCGAGGAAGGAGUACAAGCCACUGUGGACUUGUAUAUAGAUAUUCUUCAAAAGCUUGUCACAGAGAGGAGGUUUGAGCUAUUUGUGCAUCCUAUACCGCCAGUGCUUAAUGAAACGAGGCCGUUAGUACAAACUUUUAAUCGUAUCCUUGAGCAAAGAUUGCUCUUUUACAAGAAAGCUCAUCCUGCAAUUGGAGGCCGACUCCACUGGUUGGACUUCGUCGCGGAUCUGCUUACUGUAGAAGGUUUACCCGUACCCUUUCCCUUGUUUUGUUAAAAUGGGAUUGAUUCCGGAGAGGAAAUGUGAAUCGAUAGUGAUAUUCAUCCAUACAUCUUGUCGUCCCUGCUGGUAGUAUGAAGGAAGAGUUUCAAUUGGAUGGUACACAUUUGAGCCCAAACUACUAUCAUCUGCUACGUCGUGAAAUUGCGAAGGUCUGUUAAGUUCACUUUAAUGUAAGUGGUAACAUGGAAGUGGAAGUUAAUAGUUAGUCCAAGUUAUCGAUCCAAGUACCCUUGACGCCACGAUAAAUAUGAUGUGGUCAUUUUCUCCUUCAACCGGGGACUGCCCAACUUUCAAGAAAUGUACAUUUCACAGAGCUUAGACACCAGACUUUGGUGACGGCCUCACAAAUUGCCAUGAAACUGCCAGUCGAUUAUUCCAUAAUUAUUACAGUAUAUAUAGUUUUUGGGAUGGACAUACACUGACAGCUCUCCCUUUCCGUCCUCAAUGUAUAGUGGAUGGUACCGAAAUACAUUUCGUUUGCUGGACUUGCUAGUUCUUGUUAGCAUCUACAUGAAACAACUCAUGGACCUCGGCCACUGUGAGGAUGUUUUUGCACUACCAUCAGCCUUGAAGUUGAGCAUUUACACAGAGCAAGAUCCUCGAGUUAGUGGAUGGAUCACGAGAGCGGAUCGAAGGGUAUUAGUUGGCAGCUACUGACGUUGUUCAUCGGUUGUCAACAAGGUUGAACUUGAAGCUCUCUACAGUUCAUGAUUUAGAUCUCUGUGAAUGUUCGUCCGCGAGAGUCGUGGAUAACGUUGUAACAGCUCGCUUGGCCCAGCAUGUCUUGAUGCUUAGAUGAAGACAUGGCU